AUGCCAGCUGGUGGACCGACGUAUCUGCGAAGCGAAAAACCUGAAGUAGUGGACUUCAAGGAUACACCAUCCAUUCAGGAGUACAAUCUACAUGUGACCGGCUUACGCGAGAAACGAUUAUGGAUUCUAUUAGGUGUAAUGAUAUUGCUGACAUUGCUCACGAUUGCGGUACUUAUUAUGAAUAUGUUCAUAAUAAAAGUGCUGGAUAUGUCGACACGUGGCAUGAAAUUGAUGCAGUUCCAUACGAGAUACGACACAAGAACCGAUCGAGAGGAAAGUGUUGUACAGUUUACUGCAAACAACGUACACUUGGGUAAAGUUGUAGCGAAAUCGGGUCUAGUGCACGGCGCAGUUGGAAAGGAUCUGAAUGUGCACGGCUCCAGGGUGAUUAUCAGAGGUUUGAAAGAUGGAACUCGAUUUCUAUUACAAGAGGGUAUUUGCCGCUUUGAGAACGUCGACCAGUUCAUCGUGAAAGACAGCAGUCGACCGUUGUUCAGUGUUCAGCAUCCGAUGUUCACGAUAGAUAGUCGUGUCAAGAAGAUAUCAACCGAACAAAUUGUCACAAAUAAGGUUCAUCUUGAGGAAGAGCAUUUUAAAGAGAUUAGCGAAGUGUUGAGGAAGGAAGAAAUGACGGUCCAACAUACAUGUAAGGUGGGAGAAGAACGCGAGGAAGUGAGAGCCACGGAUCUGAGUGUUCAGUUUGCUUUGGAUGAACCAACAGUCUCAUUGACAUCCGUACUUCAGAUUCGGUCACCGAUCAACGAAAAUCUCAAUGUGGAUGUGAUUAAUUUGAGUGUCCGAGGAAAUGAGGGCGUUAAGAUGGAGGCGAAGCGAUUCAACGCCACUGCAAAAACAUCGAUUAUUUUGCGAACAUCAAAAGACGGUAAGAUGCUGUUCUCAGCUCGCAAGAUGUACAUCGGAAGUAAUUGGUUAUCGUUGCCGAUCAGUUCUUCGCCAUCGUUAACCGCGUCAAUCGACGCAAUGCGCGUUUGCAUUUGCAUCGCUGCUAGACCCAAGCUGUUUACUGUGGCUGGUAACAAGCCUUGUAUUGCUGCGCCUAAUUUUUGUGUAUGA